UGCCUUCUUAUAAAAGCAGCCCACACAGAUAUCCAUACUUGAUGCUUACCCUUUACAGUCUUCCACCUUGAUAAGUAGAUAUGAGAAACUGCCCGUCUGUACAUACCUAUAUAUAUUCCCUCUUAAAUAUGUUUAUGUUUUUUACUGCCCGUCUUAAAUUCGGAUUAGUUCUGCUUUUCUUAGGCCUUAGCCCUGACCCAGCACGACGUCCAACUUCCGAGGUUAUCGUGUACGAUUUCUUAUGCUAACCAGUUGUUUAUUUUCGAAAAUCCCAUUGCUUAGCUACCUUGCGCAUAAUGGGGUCUCUUAGUGAUAUGACUGAUAUUAGCAUACCAUAUGCCCAAUGUAUCACAAGCCGCAUCUUGAACACAAUGUGCAACAAGCUCCGACUCCAUAGCACCUCGUCCGGAACUAUUCCUCGCUGGACACCAGGUUCAACGCUGACUUGCGGUAUUGAGCAUCAGUCUUUCCUUCGAGCUCACUACAGCAUCGAUGACAUCGAACAUGUCAAAGGUUGUCUGAAAGAGGUUAUCAGUUUGCUCAAUUCUUUCAACCUUGGACUUCGCUUCGUGUAUGUCGAAGAUUUACUCCCGGAGACUUUUACUCUCGCUUAUGCAAAUGAUCCUGAUUCCUACGCCACUUCUUUCUUUCCCGACGCCGCACCAGGUAGACGCAAGAUUGUACUUCACGAGAGUUCAUUCUUGCCGCUAUAUCGUGCUUCGAUUUUCAACAUCCUAUGCCACGAGUUUGGGCAUACUCUCGGCAUGCGGCACUGGGACGCAGGUUGGACCGAGCCGAACUACCCAUCGAUAUGCUUCCCACCUGAUUCAAAUAAUAAGCUCUCCGUAAUGGGCAUAUAUAAGCACCCGGAAACUCUUCGAUUCCAUCCAGAAGACAUUGAAUGGCUCAGAGAAUUCUAUAGCAGGAAAAAUGGGUCAAUGAUACAGGGCUGCACGAUCAAGGACUACCCAAGCCGUCCAUAAGGUCAUACAGUAGACUCAUGAAUUAAAAGGGGAUGGUUAGCGACCAGGAUUGGAAAGGGGUCAAUGAGAUAUAUCACACAAUCAUGGGUCAUGAAAAACGUAUACAGAGUUUGAUGAAUAGAUUCAAUAGUCUUCUAUCCACCUUGCGGUGGCAGCUAUAUAUUGACACAGUUUCUGCCU